AUGUCUCAACCUUACAAAAAAGCUCAGCCGAAAAAGACAACAGAAUUUGAGAAAAAGUUUAAUCUGUUAAAGGAACUAGCUGAGCUUUUUUGUAGAGUUGAGACAUUUGCUAUACCAGUUGAGAAGGAUCGUUAUCAUUUCUAA